AUGCAAGGACAAGCUCAAGGAGAUUGGUCUGAGCUCAAGGCGCCUAAAGUCGACCUCAAACCUUUGCCUGAGGGCCUCAGGUAUGCAUUUCUGGGUGAAAACUCAACUUACCCUGUCAUUGUGAACUCUGAUUUGGAACCUGAACAGAUUCAUCUAGAGGAUGAAAGUAAGUCAAGCAUUGAACCUCAAAGGAGAUUGAACCCCAAUCUAAAGGAAGUAGUGAAGAAAGAGAUACUCAAGUUGCUUGAUGCUGGGAUAAUCUAUCCCAUCAGUGAUAGCACUUGGAUAUCUCCAGUUCAUUGCGUCCCAAAGAAAGGGGGGAUCACUGUCAUUAAAAAUGACAAAGAGGAGCUGAUUCCCACUAGAACAAUAGUGGGGCAUCGCAUGUGUAUUGACUAUAGGAAGUUAAAUUCAGCAUCUAGAAAGGAUCAUUUCCCUCUCCCUUUCAUUGAUCAGAUGUUAGAAAGAUUAGCAAACCACCCUUUUUAUUGUUUUCUUGAUGGCUACAGUGGUUUCUUCCAAAUCCCGAUCCACCCUAAUGAUCAGGAGAAGACCACUUUCACAUGCCCUUAUGGUACCUUUGCUUAUCGAAGGAUGCCAUUUGGGCUGUGCAAUGCCCCAGCUACUUUCCAGAGAUGCAUGACCUCCAUUUUUUCAGAUCUGAUAGAGGAGAUGGUAGAAGUCUUCAUGGACGAUUUCUCAGUCUAUGGAGCAUCCUUCUCCUCAUGUUUGUCUAACUUGUGCAGGGUGUUGCAGAGGUGUGAGGAGACAAUCUAG